GUUUCCUGUUGACUCACAGGGUCACAUGGUGCCGGGGCCUCUCCUGCUACCUGCGUGGAGCCGAGCAGUCAAGUGACCGACCGGGAGCUGCGAGCAGGAGGCAGGAGCCGGCUGGGUGCGGGGAGCGGCCGCUGCUUUGCGGGGGGAGACUGAGCACCGGGCGCCAUGGCGUUGGAGGGCGGCAUGAAAUGCGUCAAGUUCCUGGUUUUCUUCUUCAACUUCUUGUUCUGGCUCUGCGGCGUCGCCCUCAUCGUCAUCGGGGUCUUGGUGCAGAUCGAUCUCAACAAGACGCUGAUCAUGCACAGCGCUUCGGCCUCGGGCGCCCCCAUCGUCAUCAUCGUGGUGGGCGUCGUCAUCUUCUUCGUCUCCUUCUUCGGCUGCUGCGGGGCCUCCAAGGAAAACUACUGCAUGGUCACCACGUUCGCCAUCCUGCUCACCUGUAUCUUCCUGGUGGAGAUCGCGGCUGCCAUCGCCGGGUACAUCUUCAAGGACAAGGUCCGCACCGCACUCCAGGACGGCCUGGAGGACGCCGUGAGGAAAUACGGCAACGACUCGCUGAUAAGGGACACCAUGGACGAACUGCAGAGGAAGUAUUCCUGCUGUGGAGCCCAGAACUACACCGACUGGUUCGGCGUCGAACCGUUCCAAAGCGACCGCAGCGUUCCCAAAUCCUGCUGCCGGGCAAACGCCACCAUGGCCACCUGCAACAUCAAUCCCACGGCUGCCACCAUCAACGUCCAAGGCUGUGCGGGCAGCAUCGAGGCCUGGCUGAAGAAACACAUCGUGAUCGUGGCGGCCGUGGCGCUGGGCAUCGCCUUCUUUGAGCUCCUGGGCAUCGUCUUCGCCUGCUGCCUCAUGAAGGGCAUCCGGAGCGGCUACGAGGUCAUGUAGCGGCUGGGCCAGGACUCCGGGGGGCUCCCCGGGGGGGGGGUGUCUCUGCCCCUUUAAGCCGUCAGACCCGCCUUCUUUCCGCAGCGCCCCCUGGUGGGCAGCUCCUGUCCUGCAGCGGUUACCGUAUUCCUUCUAAUGGACGGGCAGCAGGUGCCUUAAACAUUUGCCAAAAACCCUCCCCCUUUUCUUAACUUUAGCUGCCCCUCCCCCCGCCUCUCCAGUGCCGGGGGAGGGGAGCUCGGGGGGUUU